GCUCUCCGAGCAUCCUGCUCUGCUGGCUGCCUCUCUCCGCUUACUGCAGUGGUUCAGGCUUCAGCAGCCUCGGAGAAGCAUCAGCUGAGAGCAGCUAUCACAUAGGAGCUGGGAGCUGCUCAGCAAAGAUGCUUUCGUGAGGAAACUGGAGUCCAGAAGAGCUGCAGAGUGAGUAAUGCCCAGACCUGAAACUAGAAGCUGAAUCUUAUUCUCCUGCUCCCCAUUCUGAUGAAAAAUCAGAAAACUCACACAGCCACCCUAAAGCCAGAGCACUGUCUCAGGGCUCAGCAGGACCCUGGAGAAGGGAGACAGAGGAUUUAGAAUUGCCCUCAAGAGAGAAGAAAAGCAUGGAGAACUAGCAAAGGAAGUGGGAAAAGAGGUACCAGAGACCACUUGAAAGGUGGAGUAUUGUGAGUAUGUGACCAUCGGUCCCUUACCUGUCUGCUACUUCCCAUCACCUCCUGACAGAAACCGGACAUGAGCUCCUGAGUUCAGAGCUGCCUGGCCUGGCACUACCACAGAGGAGCCCAGCUUGGAACUGAUAAGGGCCUGUCCGGCAGGCUCCAGUGGAAGCCUAGGCCUGGGGCUUUCCAUCCCAGGGCUGUGGAGUAGGAUGGGGGAUGGGCCUGUAGCAGGAAGUGCCCUGGGUGUCCUCUUUCGGCCCCAUGGAGUCCUCACCCAUUCCCCAGUCAUCAGGAAACUCGUCCACUUUGGGAAGAGCUCUUCAAACCCCAGGUCCCUCUACUGCCAGCGGUGUCCCCGAGUUGGGACUUGAGGACGUGGCUUCAGAAUCCGUGGCUCUCUUCUUCAUGCUCCUAUUGGACCUGACUGCUGUGGCUGGCAAUGCUGCUGUGAUGGCUGUCAUCGCCAAAACACCCGCCCUCCGAAAGUUUGUUUUUGUCUUCCAUCUCUGUCUCGUGGACCUGCUGGCUGCUUUGACCCUCAUGCCCCUGGCCAUGCUCUCCAGCUCUGCCCUCUUUGACCACGCCCUCUUCGGAGAGGUGGCCUGUCGCCUCUACUUGUUCCUGAGCGUUUGCUUUGUCAGCCUGGCCAUCCUUUCGGUGUCUGCCAUUAAUGUGGAACGUUACUAUUAUGUGGUCCACCCCAUGCGCUACGAGGUACGCAUGACCCUGGGGCUGGUGGCCUCCGUGCUGGUGGGCGUGUGGAUAAAGGCCCUGGCCAUGGCAUCUGUGCCAGUGUUGGGACGGGUCUCCUGGGAGGAAGGAGCUCCCAGUGUUAACCCAGGCUGUUCUCUCCAAUGGAGCCAUAGUGCCUACUGCCAGCUUUUUGUGGUGGUCUUCGCUGUCCUUUACUUCUUGCUGCCCUUGAUCCUGAUCUUUGUGGUCUACUGCAGCAUGUUCCGCGUGGCUCGUGUGGCUGCCAUGCAACAUGGGCCGCUGCCCACGUGGAUGGAGACACCCCGGCAGCGCUCUGAGUCUCUCAGCAGCCGUUCUACGAUGGUCACCAGCUCUGGGGCUCACCAGACCACUCCACACCGGACGUUUGGGGGUGGGAAGGCAGCCGUGGUCCUCCUGGCCGUAGGAGGACAGUUCCUGCUCUGUUGGUUGCCCUUCUUCUCUUUCCAUCUCUACGUUGCCCUGAGCGCUCAGCCCAUUUCAACGGGGCAGGUGGAGAACGUGGUGACCUGGAUUGGCUACUUUUGCUUCACUUCCAAUCCUUUUUUCUAUGGGUGUCUCAACCGUCAGAUCCGGGGUGAGCUUAGCAAACAGUUUGUCUGCUUCUUCAAGGCAGCUCCAGAGGAGGAGCUGAGGCUGCCUAGUCGGGAGGGCUCUAUUGAGGAGAAUUUCCUACAGUUCCUCCAGGGGACCUCUGAGAAUUGGGUUUCCAGGCCCCUACCCAGCCCUAAGCAGGAGCCACCGCCUGCUGUUGAUUUUCGAAUCCCAGGUCAGAUUGCUGAGGAGACCUCCGAGUUCCUGGAACAGCAACUCACCAGCGACAUCAUCAUGUCUGACAGCUACCUCCGUCCUGCCCCCUCACAAAGGCUGCAGUCAUGAUGGACCCCUGGAGGGAAAUAAGGCUUGGGGCUGGUUUAUGGUCUUAAGGACUGCCUUUUCCAUCUGGCUGGGGUUUGGGCUGGGGUCUCUGGACUUAGCUUUUGCUUCGUGUUUCCUUGGUCAGGACCAGAGUCAACAGGAUGGACAUGUGGCCAAAGCCUUGGACUUGACUGUGAUCUUUGACUAUUGGGGGAGGGAACCUGGGUAUGGUGAAGAGAAAAGGGCCACAAAGGUGAGGCGACGCCUUUCUACCAGGGAACUUGUCAUGCCUCGGGCUACAGGGAAAAUUUCCAAGGGUAGGCAUUGGAGCAGCAAGCUAGGAACAGAGUUAUUCUGGGGACCAUUGAGGUUUAUUUCCUUCUGGUAUAAUAGUUCAGGGUAAUACACUGAAACAAGGUAAGGAAUUGGCCCACAUCUAUUGCUUACUAGGUCCAAAAAAGAGCAAAACUGUAGCCGAGUGUUACCAUGAGUUAAUAGAUUCCUUUUCAAAAGUUAGUGCACAAGAUUUCUCUUAAAGUGAGUAGACCAGUAGAGGGAACUCUUUCCUGGAUUUGUAAGGGUAGCGGAGGGGAAGACAGGAAAACUCUCUGCAGCUCUCUCCCAUUCUCUUUCUGCGUGUAGGAGAUCAAGUAUGGGUUCCGAUCUCAGCAGAGACAAACAGGCUGCUCCUUUCCUCCCUGUCUUUUGAGUAACUAGAAUGCCUGGGGGUCAGAGAGCUGAGGGUGGGGGCUUGAACUGGUAACGCGGCUGGAUACGGAAAGGCCAGGUAAGUUACUCUGAUCAAUAAUACUGCCAAUCUUUUCUUUCCAGGACUGGCCUCCCUGAUCUCUCUCCUCAUGGCAGUGACCCACUUCCAGCCCCCUGGACAAUCGGGUACAGGAGACUAAGGUUGGGCAAGGGGAAGGGCGGGGUUUCCACAGUCCAUGAAAUGCCUCCCUGUUCUCAUUGUUCUCAAAAUUAGCUUCUGUGAUGAAAACUCUGUGUCUCCUACCUGCAGCCCUAGGUGGGAGAGAGGGCAGAGAGUUGGGCUUUGCUGUUUAUUGUUUAAGACUAUAGGAACCAUAUUGGUUAGUAUCAGCAAAAGUAUUUGCAAUGCAGAGGGAUUAAUUGCAAGCUGGACAGGCUACCUAUCUGGGACCUCCUGUCCAUUCCACUUCCCUCAAUUGAAAACCAAAGGGUUAUGGCAGAACUAGAAGGUGAUGUGGUCUAUACCUGAACAAAUUUCUGGUUCACUGAAAAACAAAGGGGGAAAGUGUGUUGGAGUGGAGUAGUUUUCCCUUUGGACAACUAAUAAAUUUUAUGAUAAAAGUUA